GUAAUCAAGAGGCAUGGAUGAGGGCGGCGAAGCGGGAGGAUGCGGCUAGGAAGUUGCUGCCGCAAGGCCUAGCUAUCGGUGCCACUUCCACAUCAGCAACCACUAUCAUUGGGGCGCCAUCAUCCUCAGCAUCAUCACGAGCCGUUGCUCGUCCCGUCAAAGCCGUUGUCGAGAUCCUCGAACAACAGCAGCCUGUGGUGAUCACCGCCGAGUUGUCGAGGAAGGAAGCGCCACCGCUGCCCGUCAUGGCUGAUGAGGUCGUGAUGACCACCGUGAUGGGAGUCGCUACAGGCUUGCUCAAGGAGGAUCAGGGUAAAGUAGCAAGGACGACGGUCCCUGAGGUGUUCGAAGAAAAAGAAGGUCCGGUUGGCGAGAUCCUUGUCGACCGGCAGCCGCCUCGGACACCCCUUCAAAUCGCCUCACGAUCACCACCAACCUCCGAUGUUGCCCCAGCAUCAGUCCAGGUUGCUUCCAUAUCAACGCCAGUCCAAUUUAAUCCUCCAAUCGACCGGUGGAAGUUCAGAAAGAAGCAGCAAGGCCCUAGAGAUGGAUUUGAUGGUGGGCAGAAGGCUCAUGGGAAGGCGCCCCUGACUGAGGGUGAAGAAGCAGAAAGGUUGGUGAGGCGAGCCGAGUCAGUCCUCGACAAAGAAGCUGCCAGGAGUAAAGCUCCACAUUCUCCCUCGACCGCAACGACCGCGAAGGAAGUCGAGGAGGUUGUCUCGGAGCCUAUUUCGCCCUCAGCUGCCAUCCCUAACAUCAUCACCAUAACUGACGAGCAAUCGAACCAUGGUGCAGCAGUCGCCGUACUUCCAUCAUCCAUUGCCAAAGAAGAAGUUCAGGAAGCCGAAAUUACACGCGAACAACAGCUGCUGCCGACAUCGACCUCCACGCUUGACCACCUUGCCUUGCCGGCAUCACCAACCACCGUCGCUGCCGCUUCAAGGACGGCAAUCACCUCGGUCGUGGCAGCAGAGUCAUUCGCAGAGAAGAUUGAAUCCAAUCUGAAAGUGGAGGAGGUAUUGCAGGUAAAUCUCAAAGAGGCUGAACCUCUAAUUGGGAAUUUGUUGGUGAAGAGUUCAAGGUUCAAUUGGAAGUUUCGGAAGAAGUUGAAGCCCGAUGAAGUGGAGCCGGCGACCGACGCGUCGAGCAUCACCGUUGCCUCGUCCGCGUCUUCACCGAUUCGUCCACAAGUUUCAGCCAAGGAGAAGGCCCCCUCCAUCUCUAAACUUGAGGCCACCGCGUUAUCAACCGACGGGACGGCGAGGAUGACUGGUGCCAACCGGGAACUGGAAGGCGAGGCGAUGAAGGGUUCUCGGGUUGUAUCACCGAGGUCUCGAGCUACACGAGGAUGCAAGGAAGAUUCCGCCAAGUUGUCGAUCGAGAAGAAACAGCGGCGGAGAGGCAUGGCAUCGGAUUUUCCUGGGAUUCGGCUCGUGGACGGCGCGCUCGAGGAGAAAAUGCCGCCUGGGGUCGGGCCGUCGAGGGAGAAGAAAACCAGCAGGGCGGCGGGUCGCGUUGGACAGGAGGAAGAGUCGAGGAAGGAGAGCGGCGACAGCGUUCUUCGGACCUCCUCCAUCCGCAUAGAGCAGCUGGGUCGAGCCUAGUUGGACCGAAGCAGUCAGAUCGAGUGUUCCGAUGGGCUGGUCACU